AUGAAGCAGAAAAUUGAAAAUUUGGAGAAGGAUAUCGUCAGACUCAUGGAUGGGCAUAUUAACGAGAGAUCUACAAACUUGCUUAAGGAAACCCGGUGCAAGCUGGGCCAGUUAUAUGAUACGGAAGAAAAGUAUUGGGUGACCAGGUCGAGAUCGCAGUGGUUAAGGGAAUGGGACAUAAAUACGCGCUACUUUCACGUGCGGACUUCGGGUCGUCGUAAGAAAAACAACAUUGAUAGGAUAAAAGAUGCGUAUGGAAAUUGGCAUGUUGACAACAAUGAGAUCUGCCAUGUUGCGUGGGAUUAUUUCAAUGAGUUGUUCAAGACAUCUAUUGACUCGGUGGAGGUGAGUGACUUGCAUGUUAUUCCCGAGUGCAUUAACAAUGACAUGAAUAGAAGGUUGAUGGGGGAGUUCUCAAAAGAGGAAAUUUUUAGGGCUUUCAAUCAGAUGGACCCCCGUAAGGCUCCUAGGACUGAUGGGCUGCUGGGGAGCUUUUACAAGGAGCAUUGGACUACGGUGGGCGAGGAUGUUCUACGGUUGUGCCAGGAUAUUCUUCAUGGCCGCAGAAGCGCUGAGUGCAUAAACGAAACGCUAAUUGUGUUGAUUCUUAAAAUAAAAAAUCCGUGUGUUAUGGCUAUCUUUCGGCCUAUUAGUCUGUGCAGGGUUAUAUACAAGAUUGUUUCAAAGGCUCCCGCUAAUAGGCUUAAAGAGGUUCUGCCACUGUGCAUUAGCCAGAAUCAGAGUGCCUUUGUCCCUAACAAAAUGAUCCAUGACAACAUCCUUGUGGCUCAUAAGCUCAUGCAUUAUCUCAGUAGCUCCAAGAAUGGUCCUAACAAGGGAUGUGUGGUCAAGCUCGAUAUGAGUAAAGCCUAUGACCGCGUGGAAUGGGGUUUCCUGCAGAUAGUGUUGAUUAAAAUGGGUUUUUCAAAUGUGUGGGUUAACAAAAUCAUGGAGUGUGUGUGCUCUAUUCAUUACAGAGUUAAAUGCAAUUCCAAUAUUUCUAAUAUCAUUUUUCCGGAAAGAAGACUUCGGAAUAAACAGAGCGAGGUGGAGGCCUUCACUAAGAUGAUCAAGUCUUUUGAAAAAAUUUCUGGCCAAAAUAUUAACAUAGAGAAGUCGAUGAUUUAUUUCAUUCCCAGUACCUCGGGACCUCAACGCGCGAGUUUAACUAGUAUGCUUAAGAUGAAGGUGGUGAAUAACCUUGAUGCGUAUCUGGGGCUGCCCAUUCCGAUUAGCAAAAGGAAGUCUACGGCUUUUCAAGGCAUCUUAGAUCGAAUGGCCAACAGAAUAAAUAGCUGGUCAAAGAGGUUACUGUUGUACGGUGGCAAAGAGGUCUUCAUCAAGUCUAUCCUACAGUCGAGUCCUACUUAUGCUUUUUCAGUGUUCUUUGUUCCUAAGGGCAUCCUUAAGAAGACCCAAACUAUGAUAAGCCGCAUGUGGUGGGGUGGCGGGGAUAAGUCUAGAGGUUGGUAUAGUUUGUCUUGGGAUCCGGUUUGCUUCCCGAAAGGCAUGGAGGGCCUAGGUUUCAGGGACCUUAGGCGGUUCAACGUGGCUUUAUUAGGGAGACAAGUGUCGAGGCUGUCUAGCUGCAAAGAUACAUUAUGUUUCAGAGUUUUGAGUGUGAAAUAUUUCCCGGAUGGUGAUGAGAACUGGGGUGUUGAAGGGCUCUCUGGUGAUUCUAUUCGUCUGAACAGAAGGGAGGUGCCCGAGACAAAGGUUUGUGAGCUUAUUGAUGAAACUAAUGAUGGCUUGAAGGAGCAGAGGGUUAUGGAGAUCUACGGUGAUUACAUGGGGGACCAAAUCUGCAAAAUCCCCAUUCUUCAUAAUGGUCCUGACGACUACCGUAUAUGGUUCCAAAGUCCUCUGGGGUCUUACUCCACUAAAUCCGCGUAUUCCUGGAUGACUCUUAAACACGUGGGCUUUGGUCCCCAUCGGUUCUUUUGGAGGCUUGUCUGGAAGUUACAUACCUUACCAAUGAUUAAGAUUUUUUGCUGCCGUAUUGGCCAUGACAUUCUGCCUACGUAUGAAAAUAUCUCUAAAAUCAGGAGGGAGUUCAAUUGUUUAUGCCCGCGAUGUGGGAGCAAGGAGGAGACCCUCAUACGUGCGUUGAAAGAUUGUCCGAGAGCUAGGGCGAUCUUGAUUCACGGGGGUUUUGAUAAUGCUCUUUUGGAUGGAAGUUACUGGAGGUGCAUGGACUGGAUCGAAGAUGUGGCCCGUUCGUUGGACAAGAAGGCUCUUUCGGACUUUGUUACGGUGCUCUGGAAUAUCUGGAAUAGUAGGAACAAUAAAGUGUUCAGAAAUAUGGAGGAAGAUGCGAAGGCAAUUUGGGAUAGAGCUACUACGUUGAAUAGGGACUUUCAUAUCAUUAACUUUAUGGAGAGACCGAUGAUUCCUAAGCCUAUCGAAGAGAAAGGGUGGCAGAAACUUGGACCUGGGGUGGUUAAAAUUAAUUUUGAGGCUGCUACUAAUGGGAGCAGAAUGAGCUUUGGGAUUGUGGCCAUGGAUCAUGAUGGCUUUGUGCUUGGGGGGCGCGCGGGUGUUUUGGAGAGUAAUACUGGUGCUGAAUGGGCCGAGCUGCAGGCGUUGGCUGAUAGCUUGAGCUGGCGGGGGAGAAAAAUGGCUCAAUUUGGAGCUGGAAUCUGA